GAUCAGCAAGCUAAAUUCAUCUUAUGGGGAGGAGAGUAAUGGUUAUCUUGUUGGGGGAACUCAAAUUUUUCGUUUUAGGUUGAAUCUGCAGUGCUUGGAUCUCUUUCAGACUGUGGUGUCUUCUCCUGAUAAAACCCUCCUCAAGAGGGGGAAUGAUGGGAUUUUAGAUUUUCGAGGGAGUGUUUAUAGCAAGCUGGCAAGCAGGAUGUCUGAGGAAUAUUUACUCUAUCCACUGGGUCCAAGUGACAGUGGGAUGGAUAUCAAUAGUCAUUUUACACCAAUACGCAAAGCAGAGAUGACCCAAUCACCACUGGCCUCGCCGGUGGUUGAGCGCCGCCCAAUCCCCACAAAUGUUAAUGUCUUCAAUGACCCCCACCUUCAGCAGGGACUGGCCAAAAUCAAGCAUGAACAGGAGCUGCAACACCAGCUGCUGAUUCAGCACUACAGACAGCAACAGCAGCAGCUAGCACAAGAGCACGAAAAACAGUUGGAGAACCAUAUCAAGCAGUUGGUGUUCAUGCAAAAACAACAAGAAAUGUUGGAGCAACAAAAGAAAUUACAGGAACAACAUCGCAUGGAGAAGGAGUUGUUGGAGAACGAAAGACUAGAACAGAUCAAAAACAAAAAGGACGGGGAACAGAGUGCUAUUGCAUCAUCGGAAGUAAAGGCCAGACUACAGGAAUUUGUCCUGACCAAAAAACAGCGAGAGGCAGCGGCAAGGAAUUCACCCCCAGCUUUACGAUGGGGAGUGGAUCAGAGUUCCCCACCCCAGGGGAUUUCACCACCCUAUGCCUCUCACCUUCUCGGCAAAUACGAAGACUUCCCCCUGAGAAAAACAGCGUCUGAGCCCAACUUGAAGGUGAGAUCCGCGCUAAAACAAAAAUUAGAAAGUCAGCGGAGGAUAAACCAUAGUCCGAUCUUACCCAGGAAGAACAAGUUUGUCAAACGAAAGCCACAGCUCUCAUUGGACUGUAGCAGUAACUCAGACUCUGGACCUAACUCUCCACCGGCAGGUCUCCAUGCUUCAAUGGUCAACGGCAGCAUGACCUCCAAAGAGGAUGGAGGCUCAUAUCCCUUUUUACUGUAUCGCUCCAUGGGUUACCAUGCCAAUGAUCUCUACCCAUCACCCUCCAUGCCCAACAUAUCCCUGGGACGACCGGCAUCCUCAUCUGGUAAUUCUAGUUCCCCCGAGGCAGACCUUCGCAGUCUUAGUCAUUCUCGACAUGGACUGCCAGCUCACAUGGCUGGCUACCCACUUUACCCAAUCACAGGGCAUGAAGGUGAUCUCAACCACCCCUCCAAUCCGGCCCUACUCUCGGCCCAGAUCAAGGCCCUAGAGGAGGCCCGUAACCAAGCCAAACUGGGUCAGUCCCUCCCUUACUCCUCCCUACAAGCCAUGCCUGGCAGCGCAGCCUCUGAAGCUCGUCACGCCAGGAUUCAUGGGCGUCACAAGCCUCUAAAUAGAACCCACUCAGCUCCACUUCCCAUCGGCCACCCUUUCCUACAACAAACCUAUCUGCAGAUGCACCAGCAGGCAGCGGCAGCUGCUGCAGCAACAGGGGACCAUGGCAACAUGUCGUCAGAGCAACUGAUGAAGGAUAAAAUGUUUGUCAAGCAGCACAUUCGACAAGCAGUCUUACAGAGGGUCGGAAGUAAGUCACACAUGGAAAAUGUGGACGAAGAAACGGAGGCCAGACUAGCACAGGAGAUGCGCGAGUCUCGUGAGCAGAUGAACGAGGAAAUGCGAGAACGAGAAAAAAUGGAUGAAUCCUAUAUGGAGGAGAAAGAUAUGCAGCUGUCCGUGAAACCUCGUCACAAAGGCCCCUCCCACCACAGGCCCCUGGCCCGCACACAGUCUAGUCCAUUAGUAUUGUCCAUCCCACCCCCAGAACCACAAGAAACACAACCCAUCUCAUACAGAUAUACCACAGGUAUUGCAUAUGAUUCAAUCAUGCAGAAACAUCAGUGUAUGUGUGGAAAUAACGCCAACCAUCCAGAAAAUGCUGGUCGAUUACAGAGUAUCUGGUCACGUGUGCAAGAGACUGGCCUCAUCAACCGGUGCGAGAAAAUCAAAAGUCGGCGUGCGACGAUUGAGGAACUUCAAAGUUGUCACUCAGAACUUCACACUUUACUUUAUGGCACAAACCCCAUGCAUCGACACCGACUACUUGAUCACAUUCAGUUUUGUAUGCUGCCCUGUGGGGGUAUAGGUGUUGACUCGGACACAGUCUGGAAUGAAAUGCACACAUACACAGCAUCAAGAAUGGCUGCAGGGUGUGUUACAGAAUUGGCAACAAGAGUUGCCAAUAAAGAACUGAAGAACGGUUUUGCUAUUGUGAGGCCCCCGGGUCACCAUGCGGAACACAACCAACCAAUGGGAUUUUGUUACUUCAAUUCCGUUGCCAUCGCAGCAAAACAGUUGAGAGAAAAAUCAAAAGUGAACAAAGUUCUUAUUGUGGACUGGGAUGUUCAUCAUGGAAACUCCACCCAGCAAAACUUUUACAAUGACCCAAAUGUGUUGUACAUAUCUAUACACCGCCAUGACAGUGGGAACUUUUUCCCUGGGACUGGCUCACCCACAGAUUGUGGAGCUAAUGAGGGGAUGGGAUUCAAUGUCAACAUUGGGUUUGGUGGUUCACUCUCACCGCCAAUGGGAGAUGCUGAAUACUUGGCUGCCUUUAGAACUAUUCUGAUGCCUAUUGCUAAGGAAUUUAGUCCAGAUAUUGUUCUAAUUUCGGCUGGAUUUGACGCCGCCGUUGGACACCCGCCACCUCUGGGAGGCUACAAUGUCUCAGCAGCAUGUUUCGGUCACAUGACACGUGAAUUGAUGUCUUUGGCAGAUGGCAAGCUGGUGCUGGCAUUAGAGGGCGGCUACCAUCUGCCAGCUAUCUGUGAUGCUACAGAACUUUGUAUCAAAGCUCUUCUCGGAGAUGAGCUCCCACCGGUGAAAGAAGAAGAGCUGUGCCGUGCCCCAUGUAAACCUGGGCUAGAAACACUUGAAGAAACCAUUAAAAUACAGGCAAAGCACUGGCGCUGUGUUCAGAGGUAUUUAGGGACCAUUCAUUAUUCACUGAUGGAGGCACAAAAGAGGGAAAUGGAGGAAGCUGAUACAGUAUCGGCCCUGGCUUCCCUAUCAAUGGUGGCCGCCAAACAAAGCAGUAUGUCUGAGGAGUCUUCUGAACCAAUGGAAGAGGAUAAGUCAUAACCCCUACAAACUGUCACCAUGGAAACAAGCAAACGUAAACUCAAGCAUACAGCUGAUUUGAGACUGUUGCCGCUAUGUUGUGAAUUCAUUCAUAACUCUCCUUGUCGCUGUAAACAGACCCAUCAGCGUAGGUCGUCUGUUUUGAUGUUUCCCGAUGCCCGAGCCCGCUGAGAGGGCCCAAAGGCUGAGGGGACGUAGGAAGUUUUGGACCCAAAGGAUGUACAAAGCCUUAAAUAUGUACACGUAUUGGACAGAAGUCAAGAGAACAAGUGAUCGGUCAAGAAUACCUUGGAAUAUUAUUUGAUUCAGAAAGAUACAGAGAGAUUGUAUAAAAGAAAAGUACAUUUUUGACAAUUCUGUAGUGUUGAGAACUAUUUAUGAAUAUAUUUAUAUACGAUUAUAUAUUAUAAAUAUCUGUGUAUAGGAUUUAAGAAAUUGUUUCAGAACUUUUUUUUGUGAUCUAGAUGUUUGCAGAUAGACUUCAAUGUCAGUAAAUUAGGACCUGUGAUAUACAGAAGGAAAUAUUUGAGGAUUUAAAGCAGGUGUAUUUAUUGUUGGUAAAUAUUUGUUAUUAUACAGGUGUAAAAAAAAAAUAUAGUCAUAAAUUGACUAUUUUUGUCUUGUCCUUUGCAGCAGAAUGUAUAUUUUUACUUGUUGUCAAUUAUUUCUGUCAAAUAUUUGAAUAAAGAUAAAUAUUUUGCAAUGGUAUCAAAUUUUUUCUUGAUUUUUACUUCAUUUUAGAAUUUAUCUGUAGCAUGACAUAUCUUUUUAUAAACUAUUAAUCAUAUGCAUGUUUUUUUUAAGGAGCAAUUUUUUUGGUAUUGGACCCUUAAAGUCCAAAAUAUUUUUCAACAGAGUAAAUCUGGAAGAAACAUUAAGGUUGAAUUUUGACCUUUAGAUUUGUCCAGUGCCUGAGGCAUUGAAAGCAAUCAAAUUUUGAUAUUUUUCAACAUUUUUUUUAAAAACGGUCUUUGUCCACUUGUGGUCAAUUGAUUGAUCACACUGAAAAGGGAAUGUAAAAUUUAUACCCAGCGCUAUUAGAGUUUGAUUGGCUCUAUAAAAACAUUUGUUGUACAUUUCUCACAAUUCAUAAUGGUAAUGAUGAAAAAAAAUCUAUUUUUGUUGCUACCAAGUCUGAUAUAACCUAUCAGAUCCAUUGUUUAUAAAGUAUUUUAACAUUUGUAUUCAUUUUGACCAAUCAGAUCUGGUGUAGCAAGUGCUGGGAGUAUAUUUUUUUUUGUCCAAUCAGAUUUGGUUUUAUGUCUGUAUUUGUUGUUAAGCCUUGUGAUACUCCAUACUAUUGUUAUUGUGAGCAGCAAUAUUACUGGUUCUGUCAGAUGGUAGUCAUGACGCUUUACUGUACUUGUUAUUAACAAUAAAUGAGCAAAUCAA